AUAUAUAAAAAAAUUAAAAGAAAAAGAAAAAGAAAAAGAAAAGAGGAGUUUAAUAAUGUGUAUCAACUGAAAACUUGGUAGGCUCCUUGAUAGUUUGGACAUAUUACAGGGGUACGCCGGUGUAAUUAGCUGCUUUUUAUGAUUAAAUCCUUAAACCCAUUCACCUCUCAAAGGCCGUAAACGAUAAAUCCCUACUUAGCGCGCCACCCGUCUCCGCCGUCAUCAGCUGCCAUAGCCGCCUCCGUUGUCAUCAUCUUCGGUCUCUACUCUUUCAGAGCUUUCCGCAUCAAUAGUUCUCCAAGGCCCAAAGUAACUAAUGCCACGGAAGCCGAGGUUGCGCCGUCGUCAUACACGUAAACCGACUUUGAGAUUCUCCCCAUUUGGUCGAUUAAUGGCACUUCUUUACUCUUCUGGUAAAAGGGUUAAUCUUCAGUCUGUGGACUAUGAACCGGAGGAGAAGUGUGCUCCCAGUACUUCAGGCAAUGCAAUCGUAAAAGAUGGUGUUGUUGAAGAUGAUGGUCAACUUUCUGAUUCUUCAGACGAUGGAGAUUUUGAAGGAGUUGUUCAAGCAGAUUUUGCCUUCUUUGACCCGAAACCUAAAGAUUUCCAUGGAGUAAAAGUCCUCCUUCAAACUUACCUGGACAAUAAGUUAUGGGACUUGAGUGGCUUUGUUGAUUUGAUAUUGGAACAACCUUCCGUCGGGACAGUUAUACAAGUAGAGGGCGAUGAGGAUGAAGGCAUUUAUGCUGUUGUUUCUGCUCUUAACUUGGGAAGAUACAAGGAUCAAAAAUGCAUGUUGGAGCUAAGGGAAUAUUUGGUUAAGGCAUGUAAGGAGGAUGUACCGACAAAUUUGAAGUCACUCUUGGGAGAGAGGGCUCAUGAAGUGGGACUCCUGGUUUCCCAGCGUGUUGUGAAUCUUCCCCCUCAGCUACUACCCCCCCUUUAUGAUGCCCUUUUUGAUGAAGUCUCGUGGGCAACUGAAGAUGAGCCAACUGAGGAGCUCCGCAAAUCUUUUCAAUUCAAGACUUACUUGAUGAUCAGUAAAAUCUACAAGCAUAAAAACGCAGAUAAGAAGAUAGGCAAAAAUGGCAACGUGGAAGAAGCUAUAAUAUAUGCCAAGCCAGAAGAUGAAAUUUUUCAUGAGGUGCCAAUAAUUUUGGUUUUCUCUUUUCUUUGUUUCUUCUUGGAGGUCUUGUUCUGAAUAUAGUACUUACACCAAUUUCUGCGUUAUUACAUGAAUGUUCAGCUUAGCUCCUGGUCCAUCAAUUUCCCUCUGCACAGUCAAGAGGUUAAGCCAAGUGAGGUUAGAAUUCUUCCAUCAUGUUUCUCCUGUAAUAAGUAUCUCGCUAGUAGUUUACUUGUUGGAUUUUAUUUACAUAAGCCAGGAUGCAGUGUAUAACUUUGUUAAGUGUUUCACUUCGUCAUGGCUUUGCAAUGUGAAUAUCAAAGCUGCUGGUGAAGAGUAAAAAUUGUGAUCAGUGAUGUAACUGUGACUUGUGAACUUUACUCAGAUAUUGGGAGUUUGAUUUUUCCAUUAUGGCCCUGUUGAUAAUUUGUCAUCUUAAGAACAAGAAAUUUACCUAAUCCGAUUCCCUCCAAUUCUACCUUCUCACCAUUUGUUUUAUGGCCUCCUAAAAUGUCGAAUUGGAACUCUUGUUAUUUACUUCACGUAGUCCUUUUGUUUCCUGUUUCUGCAGCUAAAAGAUUAUCAGCCAAUGUGCUUAGUCAUGGCUGUUGAUGCAAGUAAAGUUCCCACAUUCCGGAAACAGUUGCAUUCUUUGAUUGACGAAGCAUGACAUCUUUCUAUUUAAAUCUCAAACACUAGAAAUAGAUGAAUUUAUUCUUGUAUUUAUUAUAGUUUGUCCUUUUAGUUCCCUCGACGGAAGUUGUGAGUGAGGGACCUAUGGGGUAGUUCCGGUGAUUUCUGAGCUUUUCAACUAGCAGGAUUUGUGUCCUCAUUGUUUGUUGAUUUGGCAUCAUUUUUUGUGGUAAACACAGAGACACCAAAACUAGGAAACCUAGCUAAAUUGUGUACAUUUGGCUGAGUGCCUCCAGUUUUGCUAAUGUUCUGUUCAUCAUUCUUUCAGUUUCUUUCACUUCACAAAGAUCUUUCUUGAGGUCUGUUAUGUUGGUUUCCACAGCUCGACAAUUAAUAAUAAAUAUGCAAAAAUAGUAAUAUUCCAAGUCCAACCCAAACACGAACCAGAGGAUACAUUCCACAAUAUGUCAAUAUCACUAAUAGAGGUAAUUUUCGAGCUUGUAAAGCGGCUUCUGGACCAUUAUUCCCCAAAGGCUUGUCACACCGAUGAGAAAUACCAAACCAAUGAUGUGGAAUGCUGAGAUCAAGCUUUUGAUUUUCUCACAAGAAUCAGCAGUAUGGUUGAUCAAACAAUUAGCAAGUGGGUAUCUGCUUUCACCCUAACUCAACCAACGAACUCAACAACUUGAUGAGUAUAUGUGUUAGCCUAUUCCUCCCACUCCUUAUCAGACGACGGUUCACCACCUAGAAUCGAACUGAGACGGAGAAGACUCUCUUCAGAGGAGGAAGUUUCUGAAGUCGGGACAGAUGCAAACUUCUGGGGACUAGUGGGUAACAAACAUUUCACUUGUUUGAUAAACUGUUAUGGACAUCAAAUAGAUCCUAGGAACAUAUUCCAAAUCUAAUGUUUGUGCAUUUCCCUGCAUAUUUGAAAGAG